CUCAGAAAGUUAAGAGUCAGAAAGCUCCUGGGGAUUGGGGGUGACAGUACUUCCUACACCCAACAUAAUUGUGUUUUAGAAAAUAGUAAGGCACAGAAUCCUGUCCUUGGCUGUCGGCCCGCCCUUCCGGGGUGGGUUUGAUGAACCAGCCCUGGGGCCAUUUCCUCGGAAUUGAAACAUUCCUCCAGGAGGGAGGGGUGGGGCGCUAGAGAUUCAGGAAGUAAACCGGACAAAUCCGGCGAAAACUGAAACUAACAAGAUUCUCUAGGUCCCGACCUCCACCUCCAAGCUUGAAGAAGCUGUCGACAACUGGGGUGAACAGGGACUGCGGCCGGAGAGUGUUGCAUUGAGCAGCAGAGGUUCAGCUUUCCGGAAUCCUCACCCGAGCUGAGUCGAUAACCAGAUGGUGGGAACCAGAAGGCGGGCGCUAACAGAAGGAAGUAGGACCGGGAGGAUGUGCCUGUGAAGGUCCAUGUCACCCGCGACCUCAUCUUCUGUGGUCUUCUUAGCUGCCAUCAGUCAUACAGAGGUUGAUCCUUAAGAAAAAGGAGCCCAAUUUCACUUCUACCCAGAAAGUGCUGCGCUUCCUGCUUGACCCCCGCCCGCCCUGGCGCGAGUGCUCUGCCGCGCCAAGAACGUCAGGUUGUUGCUGGGGGAAGACAAAACUGGCAGAAAGUUCCAGGCUAUCUGAUCCUUUUAAUGGCUGAGACAGGAGGUGGCAGCCCAAAAGCCCUGGCUUCGUGGAUCAGAUGAAAUCUCAGGUUACAGUGUGAACCAGCCAGAAAAGCCGCAGCCACCCGGCGGAGCCCAGGCAGAAGGGGAACGCGCUGCGGGUUGUCGCCGGUGGCAGAGACCGUAGGGAACGUGAAAAGGAUGAGCUCCCUCGGUUGCGGCCCUAAGGACGACGGUGUGGAGAAGGAUGAGGACGUGGGUGAACACGGUGAUACUGACCCAAAGCCUAAGGGCAAAAGGGAAUUGGAGCCGCACGCGAAAAGGGAGCCGGAUGAAAGGGCCGUCCGCAUCCCCAUCCCGGAAGUGCUCCAGCAGCGGCUGGCGGACGACUGUUACUACAUCAACCGCAGGCGGCGGUUGGUGAGGCUGCCGUGCCAGACCAACGUGGGGGCCAUCCUGGAGUGCUACGUGCGCCACUUCUCGGCGAGCGCGCUGGUCUCGGGGGACCGCCGGCCGCAGCCCCAGCGCGCCGCGCCCGAGAGGAGCGUGGGCCUCUGCAGGGAGAUGGCGGACGGGCUGCGCAUCACCUUCGACCACGCGCUCCCCCUGGUGCUGCUCUACCCUCAGGAACAGGCACAGUAUGAAAUGGUGACUUCCUCCACCUUUUUCUUUCCGACUGAGGAAAAAGCCACUGAGACAGGCAGGAGCCAGGAGGCGCCCUGGCCGGGCCCGUCCACCCCGCAGCCCUCCGAGAGCCAGCCCAUGGCCGGGCCCCCCGCCCCCAAGAGGCGCAGAGCGGAGGCGGAAGUGCCGCGGGCUCCCAGGCGGUCCAUGCGACACCUCGCCCACGGCCACUGGCAGCCUGAGGACCGGGCCUCACCCCAGGCCAAGCGCAGUGUGCCCAAGCUGUUCCCUCACUUGCAAAAGACACCUGUGCACGGCACAUCACCGUCCCCCAUUUCUCUGACUCCAGGGAAGGAAGGGAGCUCUAUGUUUGCUGGCUUUGAAGGGACAGCUGAGGAACUAAAUGAGGUCCUCUCCUGGAAGCUUGUGCCUGACAAUUACCCCCCAGGACACCAGCCACCUCCCCCCUCUUACAUUUAUGGCGCACAGCAUUUACUGCGACUGUUUGUGAAACUUCCCGAGAUUCUUGGAAAGAUGUCCUUCUCUGAGAAGAACCUGAAAGCAUUACUGAAGCACUUGGAUCUCUUUCUGAGAUUUUUAGCAGAAUACCAGGCUGACUUCUUCCUGGAGUCGGCAUAUGUCUCUGCCUGUGAGGCCCACUAUAGCAGCAAGAACCCCAGGACAAUCUGUUAAAGUUUUGAUGGCUCUGUAAGCACAGGGGCUCCACCUGGCUUGGUGUUUUCCUUCUUAGGUGGGCCCACCCUGGGGGAGGAGGGGCUCUGAGAGAGGGCAGGCUUUGGGAUUUGAGUUGUUCACAUACUGUAGGGUUUUUUGUUAAGAAUAACUUCCUGGGCUAUUGUGGUUGUCGUGCCUGUAGGGAGGUAAAGUUGCUUAUUAAUUUAAAAAAAAAUGUAUGCUAUUGCACAGGCUGUGUGUGAUAGCAAGAAGCGGCCACAGCUGUGUUCAGGGGGAAUAUUCCUGAAAGUAUGCAUAGGUUAGGCUGUUCUGGUAGACACCACAGUGGGCCGACGGCAGAACCACAGGGUUGAUGUAUUUCUUAGCAUUAAAAUGUUUUUGAAGACGUUUAAUGUGAUGAGACUAGAGAACUCUGUUCCGCACAUUUGAGUUCAUAUUUGGACAUAGCAUCAUCUCAAAAUAUUCUAGGGGAAAAUGAACAUUGACAGCAAAAGAGAAUCUGCAACUCUAGAGUUUGUAACUGCUCCCUUUCUGUGAAACAUCACUCUUGGUGAUCUAAAUAAAGCAUUUUUGUCUUGUUUGAAAAAUAAAAUCUUCAUAAGCCUUA